AUGUCUGUGAUUCUCUGCACAGCGGGUUACGACCAUACAAUCAGGUUCUGGGAGGCCCUCUCGGGCAUUUGUUCCCGUACGAUCCAGCACCCAGACUCCCAGGUCAACCGCCUCUGUAUCUCCCCCGACAAGCGCUUCCUUGCCGCCGCAGGCCACCACACAGUCAAACUCUACGAUAUCAAGUCGACGAACCCGAACCCGCUGCUUACCUUCGAGGGCCACACUGGCAACAUCACCGGCGUCGCCUUCCACUGCGAAGGCAAGUGGAUGGUAACCAGUUCUGAGGAUGGCACCGUCAAGAUUUGGGAGACACGCAGUGGCCAGGUCCAGCGCUCCUACAACCACGGCUGUCCUGCCAACGACGUCGUGAUCCAUCCUAACCAGGGCGAAAUCAUCAGUUGCGAUCGCCAGGGCAGCGUCCGUGUCUGGGACCUUGCUGAGAACAACUGCUCCCACCAGUUGAUUCCCGAGGAGGACGUCUCGGUCUCGAGCGUGACGGUCGCCAGCGACGGCUCCCUGCUUUGCGCUGCGAACAAUGGCGGCAACGUAUUCGUGUGGCAGCUGCUGCAGGCCUACGACCGAACCCAGCUCCUUCCGGUCACCCACUUCAAUGCGCACAAGGAGUACAUCACGCGCAUUCUCCUCUCGCCCGAUGUCAAGAAGCUCGCGACCUGCAGCGCCGACCACACCGCCCGCAUCUGGGAGGUCAAGGACCUUGAGCCUGCCCCCGACCAGGAGCCUAAGCCGUUCCCGCUCGAGGCCACCCUCACGGGCCACCAGCGCUGGGUUUGGGACUGCGCGUUCAGCGCCGAUUCUGCCUACUUGGUGACGGCCUGUUCCGACCACUAUGCCCGGCUCUGGGAGCUUCAUAGCCAGCAGAUCAUCCGCCAGUACAAUGGCCACCACAGAGGCGCCGUCUGUGUCGCCCUCAACGACUACUCCGAGUCCGCUAGAUAA